GAAAAAAAAGCAGUGGAUUAUCAAGUAAUGCCACCAAUUAAUUUCUCCACCAUAUCUAUUUAAUCACUCAUUAUUUUCCUUUGACUACAAUCAAUGAAUAAAUACACCCCCUUUGUGUUAGUGGUUACAUUUUCCAUGCACUAAACAAAUUUCUUCAUAUAAGUGUUAGCCUCUCCUAUUUUUCCCACUUUCUUCUUUAUAGUAUCUACCAAAUCCCCUCAUUAAUUUUCCAUGGCGAAAAAUCAUUCUCAAUCUCCCAUACCAUGUAACAAUGAUCACAACCAUAAUCAUGAACAAGUGGCUGGUUUUGAUUGGAUGGUUCUCGUAGCAGCUAUUCUAUGUGCCAUUAUUUGUGCUCUUGGUCUUAACACUAUGUUACAAUGUGCUUUUCAAUGUCUUGGUCGUGUAGUAACUGAACCUAUUCAAUGGAUUGCUACUAGGAGGUUGAAUUCAGGAAUCAAGAAAAAAGAAAUGGUAACUUUACCAACUUCAACAUAUUGUGAUGAUUUAGGUUCUCCAUCUUCAUCUUCUAGUUGUGUUAUUUGUUUGGGUGAAUUCUGUAAUGGAGAUCAGAUAAGGUUUUUACCAAAAUGUAAUCAUUAUUUUCAUGUUGUUUGUAUUGAUAAGUGGUUGUUGUCUCAUUCUUCUUGUCCUACUUGCAGGAAUCUUACUCAAGUUUAGUAAUUAUAGUAUCAUAGCUUAGAAAAAAUUAUGAGUAUAUAUAGUUAGUUAUUAAUUUUAUGUAGAUUAAUU